GACCUUUAUCUCGAUCAUUGAGAAGUUAUUGAUUUUUAGGAUACUAGUGGUGGCAAAAUGUUCAUGUUCCAUGCAGUUGUUUUCUUUGUUGAUGAGUUGGAGUGCGGACGUACAGUUGCAACGCUUGCAUGGCAUAAGAGAUUGAGUUUGUAUCCGAAGAUAUAAAGGCUUCCCGGAUCCCGUCAAGAUUUACUUCAAGCUUAUCCCAAACUCAGAUCUCCUGAUAUCAUCGUCUAUCAUUUCUGUUACCUCGCCCACUCAACGCUAAUAAUUUCUACUGGCAUUAUUUUUCUCCUUUAAUCCAACACACUUCGUUAUAAUUUCGUGGGCAAUCAACUUAUUGCUUUUACGCUUUUAUCAAAACCAAUAACCAAAACGAAUACCCACAAUGGUAUCAACCAACGGUGUCAACGGAAGCUCCAGCCAAGAGUAUGGCAUGACUUUCGAAAUCACUCCACCAACCGCCGUCCGCCCCGGUACUCCUUUCACCCUUCCCGUUAUUGUAGCCAUCCAAUCUGGAAACCCAGGAAAUGGUACUGAACAAUUGGCUGCCAAUGUGUCUUUGAAGAGCGAAUCCGGUGCAACUGUCUCAGGUCUAGCAGGCCCUCUUACCUCUAGUGUGCGCAGCCGCAACGGGAACACCACUAGCGGAUACGCGAGGUUCAGCUCUCUUACUAUCUCGCAGCCUGGGAAGUACAAAUUGCGAGUUAUGUUGGGGGCUGCUUCGCAGAACGGAGUGAUGACCAAGGAAUUUAUUGACUCGGGGGUUAUUGCCGUUGAUGGAGAGGCACCGGCGUCUCAGAGGCCUACUGCAGCACAGGUAUCCAAGCUCCGAAGCCUGACGGCGGAGAACAUCGACAUAACAGACGUGGAAAUUGCGGCGUGGCAGCAGGCUUAAUUUGAAUCUGUUUUGCUUCUCUUUUCUGCUGUUGGAUUUCAGUGCAUUGGCGUUGGUUCUGCUCUGUCCACGGUUUACCAAGAGCUGCAUUUUUUGAAGACCGGAGUGCUUUUUGGGGGGUUUGGGGUUUUUCUAAUUCUGACUAUGGGGUAAUUCAAAGAGGAAUGAGGGUAUACUGUGGGGAUUAUGUUUAUUUUGUGACUGGUCGUGAUGAGAUUUUUUGGGAGGGGAGUUUUGCGAGUGGUUCUUAUCUAUGCAGUGCUUUGGUGAUCAAGUGACUAUUUCUAUCUUAUUGUUCUCUCUCUUUCCCUAUUUCACCCACACUGUGUUAGACAGCUAUAAAAACUACACCUAC